AACCUGAAGAUGCUCUGGCUGAGACUCCUGACUCUCCUGAUGCCCGGCCUGGCCCCUGGGACGGGCCUGCCUAUCCGAGCCCCACAUCUUCCUGCACAACCCCACGCUGGGCCAUCUGAGGCUGACCAGGAGUUUGCAGAGGAGUAUCUAAGGCACUUUUACGACCACCGGCCUAAACCGGAGAGACAGAAGAGGAGUGUGGACUCAGGUGGAGAUGCCGAGUGGAGGAGUGGACUCUGUGAUAAGCUGCAGAGCAUGCAGCGUUUCUUUGGGUUACCUCCGAGCGGAGAGCUGACCAAAGAGACUCUGGCAGCUAUGAAGAGGCCGCGCUGUGGUCUGUCGGAUGUGGAACCAUUUGGAGAGACCUUCCGAUGGAGGAGGAGCACCCUCAGCUACAGGAUUGCCAACUCCAACCCACCCAUCUCAGCCUCCAGGUUUCGCAAAGUCAUCAGGGCAGCAUGGAAAGUCUGGUCCAGUGUUGUACCGAUAAAAUUUCGCAAACGAAGCAGGAAAGAGGCCGACAUUGUCAUCUCCUUCUACAAUGGUGACCAUGAGGAUGGCUCACGUUUUGAUGGCAAAGGAGGAAUCCUGGCUCAUGCCUUUCUACCUGGGUCUGGGAUUGGUGGGGAUGUCCACUUUGAUGCUGAAGAAGACUGGAGCCUUAAUUCGACCGGCUUCAACCUAUUUGCUGUGGCAGUCCAUGAAUUUGGCCAUGCUAUUGGCCUGUUCCACUCAUCUGACCCUGGAGCCAUUAUGUACCCAGCAUACAACUUUGCCUCCAAAAAUGAGCUGCAGCUCUCCUUCCGCGAUGUUAAAGACAUCCAACACCUUUAUGGUAUCAGUCCAAAUUUUGCUUCAUUAUUCUCAAAAAAUCCGCCUCCGAGAACACCUAAUAAAUGUGAUCCAGAUUUGUCCUUCGAUGCUGUAACAGAGUUACAACAGGAGCUCAUGUUUUUCAAAGACAGAUUUAUGUGGCGCAAACAUCCUCAGUUUGAGGAGACAGGGAUGACUCUGAUUACCAGUCUGUGGACAGACAUUAUACCUCCCUUCCUGGAUGCUGUCUAUCAGAAUUUGGAGAUGAAUGUAAAUGUGUUUUUUAAAGGUCAUCAGUACUGGAUGAUGAAGCAGCUAAAACUGGAAGAAGGUUUUCCUAGAAACAUCUCAGACUUGGGAUUUCCCUCCAGAAUAAAGUCUAUAGAUGCCGCUGUUCAUUUAAUGAAUGACCAUUACACUGUCUUCUUCACUGGCCUGGAGUGUUGGAACCUGGCAGCUGCAGUUUACUGUAUGCCAAUAUCACAGGAAACAAAUCAAGAUGAGAGUUUUGCAGAGAACUACCUGAAGACAUUUUUCAACCUGACAGAGGAGAGCGGCCCAGCUGUCAGACGAGGGAUCAGUCCGGUGACCGAGAAGCUGGCUGAGAUGCAAAGAUUCUUUGGCCUCCUGGUCACCGGGUCACUGGACACUGAUACCAUGGCCAUGAUGAAGAAGCCCCGCUGUGGCGUUCCAGAUGUCAACAUCGCCAGUUACUCCAUUACUGGAAAAGACUACAAGUGGGAGAAAAACAGCCUAACCUACAGGAUUGAGAACUACACACCUGAUAUGACCAUGGCAGAGGUGGACGACUCCAUGGAGAAAGCUCUGCAGGUUUGGGCCAAAGUCACUCCCCUGAGAUUUACGAGAAUCUACAGUGGCACCGCGGACAUCAUGAUCUCCUUCGGCCGUCAAUCUCACGGAGAUUAUUAUCCCUUUGACGGCCCUGAUGGCACUCUCGCUCACGCCUUCGCCCCGUCUCCUGGCAUUGGAGGGGAUGCUCAUUUUGAUGAUGAUGAGACCUUCACCUUCCGUUCCAACGCAGGCUACGUCCUCUUCAUGGUAGCUGCCCAUGAGUUCGGCCACUCCCUGGGCUUGGCUCACUCUAAUGAUGCUGGUGCACUCAUGUACCCUAUCUACACAUACAGAAACCCUGAAACCUUCGUUCUGCCCCCUGAUGAUAUCAAAGGCAUCCAGUCUCUCUAUGGUUCAAACCCUGAUAAGGAUCCUAACCUUGGACCCACAUCCCCCACCACCCCUGAUGCCUGUGAUUCAACCAUGGUCUUGGAUGCUGUUGUCACCGUGAGAGGAGAGAUGUUAUUCUUCAAGGACAGCUUCAUGUGGCGUAGCCACCCCCAGAGCACCACACCUCGGCAGUUUCUCAUCGCAAACUUUUGGCCUGAUGCCCCAGACAGUAUCGAUGCCGGGUAUGAGAGUCAGCACUUAGACAGGGUGUUUGUCUUUAAAGGUCGCAAAGUUUGGGCGUUCAGGGGCUAUGACCUCGUACAAGGCUAUCCAAAGUCAAUCUCCAGUUUUGGUCUGCCCAAAACCCUGGAGAGAGUUGACGCUGCUCUCUACGAUGUGCACUCUGGCAAGAUUCUGUUCUUUGUCGGCAGAACUUACUACAGUUAUGAUGAGGUUGAGAAGACUAUGGACCAGGCACUCCCCAAACAUGUUGAUGAGACCUUCUCUGGACUGACCAGCAAGGUCACUGCAGCUUUCCAGUACAAAGAUUUUACUUACAUCUACAGUGGACCCUUCAUGUUCGAGUACGAGAUGAGAAGCGGCAGAUUGUUCCGCACCCUCGGUAACAACUACUUCUUACAAUUGAAGUUCAGUUCAACGAGGAACAUGAUGACUUUCAACCUGAGCAUUCUACUAAGCCUGGCAGCUGCAGUUUACUGUAUGCCAAUAUCACAGGAUACAAAUCAAGAUGAGAGUUUUGCAGAGAACUACCUGAAGACAUUUUUCAACCUGACAGAGGAGAGCGGCCCAGCUGUCAGACGAGGGAUCAGUCCGGUGACCGAGAAGCUGGCUGAGAUGCAACAGUUCUUUGGCCUCCAGGUCACCGGGUCACUGGACACUGAUACCAUGGCCAUGAUGAAGAAGCCCCGCUGUGGCGUUCCAGAUGUCAACAUCGCCAGUUACUCCAUUACUGGAAAAGACUACAAGUGGGAGAAAAACAGCCUAACCUACAGGAUUGAGAACUACACACCUGAUAUGACCAUGGCAGAGGUGGACGACUCCAUGGAGAAAGCGCUGCAGGUUUGGGCCAAAGUCACUCCCCUGAGAUUUACGAGAAUCUACAGUGGCACCGCGGACAUCAUGAUCUCCUUCGGCCGUCAUUCUCACGGAGAUUAUUAUCCCUUUGACGGCCCUGAUGGCACUCUCGCUCACGCCUUCGCCCCGUCUCCUGGCAUUGGAGGGGAUGCUCAUUUUGAUGAUGAUGAGACCUUCACCUUCCGUUCCAAUGCAGGCUACGUCCUCUUCAUGGUAGCUGCCCAUGAGUUCGGCCACUCCCUGGGCUUGGCUCACUCUAAUGAUGCUGAUGCACUCAUGUACCCUAUCUACACAUACAGAAACCCUGAAACCUUUGUUCUGCCCCGUGAUGAUGUCAACGGCAUCCAGUCUCUCUAUGGUCCAAACCCUGAUAAGGUUCCUAACCCUGGACCCACAUCCCCCACCACCCCUGAUGCCUGUGAUUCAACCAUGGUCUUGGAUGCUGUUGUCACCGUGAGAGGAGAUAUGUUAUUCUUCAAGGACAGCUUCAUGUGGCGUAGCCACCCCCAGAGCACCACACCUCGGCAGUUUCUCAUCGCAAACUUUUGGCCUGAUGCCCCAGACAGUAUCGAUGCUGGGUAUGAGAGUCAUCACUUAGACAGGGUGAUUGUCUUUAAAGGUCGCAAAGUUUGGGCGUUCCACGGCCAUGACCUCGUACAAGGCUAUCCAAAGUCAAUCUCCAGUUUCGGUCUGCCCAAAACCCUGGAGAAAGUUGACGCUGCUCUCUACAAUGUGUACUCUGGCAAGAUUCUGUUCUUUGUCGGCAGAACUUACUACAGUUAUGAUGAAAUCGAGAAGACUAUGGACCAGGGACUCCCCAAACAUGUUGAUCAGAUCUUCUCUGGACUGACCAGCAAGGUCACCGCAGCUUUCCAGUACAGAGGUUUUGGUUACAUCUACAGUGGAACCACCAUGUUCGAGUACGAGAUGAGUAGCGGCAGAUUGUCACGCAGGCUCGGUAACAGCUACUUCUUACAAUGCACUAAGUACUAGACCCCUUUACCUAUGCUGUUAAUGUAGGUCCUCUGCACGAAAAUGAAGGCACCAAAGAUGAAACAAAAACAUCCAUGAUAUGUAAUUUAUAUAUUUU